AUGGCCAUGAAGCUUGAGGGGUGCGUCGCUCUGGUUACAGGUGCUUCUUCGGGGAUCGGCAAGGCGACUGCCACUGCCUUCGCGAAGGAAGGAGCGAAGGUGGUGAUUGCAGCGAGGCGCGAGGUCAAGCUCGACGAAGUGGCCGCAGAAAUCAAGUCGGCCGGAGGAGAAGUGGCGGUUGUGGUGGGCGACGUCUCCAAGGAAAUGGACUGCAAAAAGAUGGUGGACACAGCGAUCGAAAAGUUCGGCGGGCUGCACGUGGCCUUCAAUAACGCGGGCGUUUUCAAGACCGUCCCUUUCGUGGACAUCACCGAAGAUACCAUCGAUGACAUCCUGAACACCAACGUCAAGUCCAUCGCCUGGUGUUUGAAGUAUCAGAUCCCCGCCAUGAAGGACACCGCAGGAGGAAAGGGCUCCAUCAUCGUCAACACCUCAGUCACAGGCUUGCGUCCGUCAGCCUUGCCGGGGUUGACUGGCGCCGGCAUGUACUCAGCUUCGAAAGCAGCGGCGGAAAUGCUCAUGAAGUAUGCCGCCAUUGAGGGCGCGGCGUCCGGGGUGCGGGUGAACUCCGUCGCUCCUGGCCUUGUGGAAACACCCAUCUUCGGCGACAUGCCCGUCGACACUCUGGUCGCCUUCGCCGGAGCAACGCAGCUCGUCCCGAGGCCCUGCGCGCCCGAGGAGAUUGCCAAGGUGGUGAUAUUCUUGGCCUCGGAGGACGCUACCAUGGUCACCGGCUCCACCUACACAAUGGAUGGCGGUUGGGCGAUGAAAGCCUAGUUUUCCAUCUCCACGUUUUGCUUGGCAAGCAAGGAAACAGGGCUGCGAGGGAAAUCGGUCAUUCGUCCGAAGCCAGUCGAUAAUGUUCAUGUCCACAAAUUAGGAACCUUCGAAGAGUAAGUUUAUAGCGAACCGGGUUGUUAUCGACGUGGUUGUCACUACAUAUUUGGAUGGGUUCGAAUCCCUCUCAAUCAGGACAUAGCCGUAGAUAGUAUAUUUUCGAACACGGUGACCUGAGCCUGACCGUGCUGCGCUACUACCGUUUCGUGCAGUCUAGGCUGUGCUGCGAGUCGAUCGUUCUUACAAAUCCAACAUCUAGGCCGGUGGAUAAUGAAAAGUGCUCUAGCGGGUAGGGUGACAAUGUCCGAGGUUUAGGAAGAUCAAGAGAGCCGUUUCGGAAGAGGGUCCCGUUACAGCAACAUGUGGAUAGUGAAUUUCCGUUGGCCUACACAGGCUGACGUUGACGGAAAAUGAACGUCGGUGGUUUUCUUGUGCUCCUCCACGGGGGGAGUCACGCGAUGGUGAAGUAAUUCGUUAUCCGUUUCGGCACGAAGUGUUGGGAGAUUCGAGUCGUCGUAUAUUCACUUGCUGUUUAGAUAAUCGGAUGUCUCGUCAUUGGGUCGUGCAUUGCUUCCGGAAAUGGUGUUUUGGUACCUCGAUGGGGUACAUUUACCGCCGCGUUUUCCCACGACAAUUUGUUGAGUGAAACCUUCGCGUUCCCGAAACGUUUUCGGACUUUUCUGUACCAACCUUCGUUGAGGCGCAGAUAUUACCGAGUUUCAGCGGCACGAGAAUCUGUCGGAAAGGGAGCAUAAUGGCGUUUGCGUAGGAACCCAUACGCUAUUGCCUGGCGACACUUCGAGGUUGAUUGGAUAGGUACAGAACAAAUGGAGGAGACUAAUAUUCGUCGAUGUUGAGCAAUUUGGUAAAUCUGGUUAUAGUUUGAUUUCAGAAGUGAACUUCAGGAGAUGUAUGCUUGCGAUUGCGAGUUGGGGCCGACCUUGCGAUCGCGAAGCGACAAGAAAAAGCUGAU